CAGCGAAAGGUGAAGAGAGUGCCCGUCAGAGAGAACGAAAAGAAAUCUUCGCCAAGCAACGAGCGUGUUCUGUAUGCUGAUCGCGUACCGGGAACGUUUCGAAUUUUCACAAAUCGAAGAAGUGGAGCUAAGGUGACCCGACUUUUCCCCUUUGCCUGGUAAAAUGGCAGCGGACGACCCUCUCUGCAAUGAACCUCUACUUUCCGUUGAAUUCGAGGUCUUUGGCAAGGUGCAGGGUGUCUAUUUCCCAAAGUACGUGAGGGACAUAUGUCAGCAACUGGGGAUUUGCGGCUGGGUGAAGAACACCAAGUCCGGCACGAUACUUGGAAAAAUGCAGGGACCACGUGCGCUCAUCGAUCAGAUGUCACAAUGGCUAACGAAUGUUGGAAGUCCAGGUAGUCAGAUUGAUCGCUGUGAAUUUACAAAUUGGGAAGGCAUUAGUAGGCUACAAUACAAGGGAUUUGCAAUACGUUUUUAAUUAAACUGUUUCUUUUCAAUGACACAUUUCUUUGGAAGUUAAAUCGAAAAAAUGUACUUUAAGGCACCAAAGGUAACAACAAGCACCGGUAUAUUUUGAACAAUUAAAAAGCUUAAAUAAUUAAGUGAUUCUUUAUGAAAACAUAUAGUUCAAAGUAUUGAAAGUAUUGAAUUACAAGAUAUUUUAAUAAUUGUAAGAUGUAUCAUUUGAAAUGAUUAAAUAUCCAGUUAUUUUUAAUGAAAAACAAAUGAAAUAAAAAUACAUAGAGUUAUAGAAUAUUUGUCCUUUAAUUCGUCAUAUGUGACAUAUAAACAUACAUGCAUAUUUAUGUCACAGUUCGUUGUGAUCAAAUAUCUCUGUGUUAUAUCUCAAUGUUUCAAGCACCACUGAUGUAACGGGAUGUUAAUGAUACAUGUCAAAUAUAUUUUAUAUUUACUUAAAACAUCAAAUUCAAUACAACGGAUUAAAAACAGAAA